UGCGACUAAGCGGCACCAUUCCUUCAACACUGGCCAGAGUAUUCAGACAAGGGAUGGAAUCCAUAUAUGAAAUUUUUAUCCUUACGAGUUGCUUGAAGCUUCUGCUGAUUCCAGCAUAUCGAAGCACAGACUUCGAGGUCCACCGUAAUUGGCUGGCCAUAACCCAUUCAGUGCCGGUGCGGGAGUGGUAUACAGAGAAUACCUCCGAAUGGACGCUGGACUACCCGCCUCUCUUCGCCUGGUUCGAAUUUCUUCUGUCUCAGCUGGCCGUCUUCUUCGAUCCGAG